AUGGCUCACACGAGUGUUACGGGUUGUGCCACCGACGCACACGUAGUCAAGAUGGAGAACAACAAGGACGUGCUUCGCUUCACCUCGGAUUACGAUGGGGCAACAGCGGGUUCGCCACUCGACACAGUUCACUUUGCAACUGGCACGCUGACUCCGCGUGCCGCUGAAGCGCUCGAAGCGUUCCUCCAUGGCCCGGCGUGUCACCUCGAAUUCGCGCGUCUUGUAAUCGAUAACCCGGAAAGGCUUCUUGCGUCAAGUCCGGGCAUGGUUUCCGCCUUCGCUGGUUUGACUGGCCUCGCCUACCUUGAGCUACUCGGCGCAGGGCAACACUCGCGCGAACUUCUGCGAGGCCUGAAGGCGGAGCUCGUCAUGGUGAACCUUGUCAUGAUCCCGGUGGAAGAAGACUUGGACGAAGAGGACGAGGCCUGGGAGGAAACUGGGCGCAACCCGAUCACGCUCCUGAGCAACUUCCAGGGCACUCUGGAGGGCCUGAUCGGAGAGGGGACUGAGACGCUGUGCGUCGAAGAGCUGACCUAUCCGCAGUGUUACCCGAACGUUAAAGAAGUCACACUGGAGGGUGUCGACAUCCCAGUCACUACGCACUAUGUGCACGCUUAUCCGAACCUCUCCAAUCUCAGAAUCCGCACCGACCCCGAGGAGUUCGUCGAGCUACUCGAAGGCGGAAAGAGAGAGAUUGGACUCCGCCGCCAACUCAACAUUGUGGAGCAGCUCGAGUACGGCUGCUGGCCGUCCUUGAACCACUGCGACAGCACACUCGGUACUCUCUACGUCCUCGGACUGCAGUGUCAUGUCCGCGACCUCCGUAUCCUCGCCGAUAUCGAAGGCCCCUCUGGAAUGCUUGGCAGCGUCCUGAUGGACACUCGCCCGACGAUCCUGACCCUGCACCAGUUUCGCCUCGGCAUGCUGAGUAGCAGUGGAUUCGCGUCGCUGAUGCGCGGACCUAGCGUCCGGCAGCUCAAAACACUCGAGAUCACGCUCAUCCUCGACGAGGACUCCGGAAAGGACAUUGGCAUCGACGCUGCUUUCAGCGCCAUGAUCUCCGCUCUCAAGCCACUCACGAUCAGCGCCUUCGGAAUCAUGAUCAUUUGCAACUUCCCGGGACCUUAUCCUCGCGAGGCUGGUGUGCCGGUGCCCCGUAUUUCGCUCACUGCGGAAGAGGAGUUCCUGAAUGGCCUUCAGCUGGACGAGUUGGCUGAGCGGAUCCUUCAUGCGGUCAGCUCUCUCCAGACCGUGGCUGUGAUGAUGGUCGCCCACCGCACGCGCGGACCCGCCGCCGCCGCGUUGGGUGCGCAUAGCGGUACCGAGCUGCGCACUUACAAGUUGGCGAAGGCUCACGGCCUGCUGCCUGGUUCUGCGCCGCCAACCGCAGGACGGACACGAUUCCCCGACUGGAGCAACUUCUGGCCUCUGCCCCUCAUCGGAGUUUCUUAUCUCGCGCACAUUCGAUACAGGCGGUACUCCCCACGCCGCCUGCCCACUCUUACAUCGAUGAAACUCCCUGAAAUAUAUGCCUUCCUCGCCAUCAUCCAUGCUAUGGAGGGUGCUGCGGGCGAGCUGAAGGACGAGGUCAUGAACGACUCGGAUCUCGAGCUAAUCGAGAAGGUGGCGCGCCGUUUCAAAAAUGACGUCUUCUCCAAUAAGUCCUUCAUGGAGACUGUAGACCGGUUUCUGGAUGACGGAAGGAGGGAGUACUCGAGGAGUAGACAUAUGUACAAUCAUGCCGCUAGUGGCGGUUUACUAGGCAAGCUUGCCUGGUGGCACGAUCACAUAUGGUCGCAUGAAGAGACCUGGUACCGGGCGUCGGUAAUCUGGGUCACCAAACUUAAACCGCAAGACCUCUCUCUGAACGACUUCGACCGCUGUGUCACGCACCUCGCCAAUACUUUUGAAGCGGACGACGACUUUUACUAUCAGGACUACGCGCUCUGGGCUUUCAUUCCCUUCGGCGUCUCUAUACCUUUCGCUAUGGCAGCACGAUGGGGGCAGCGGCGCGCCCUUUCCAGAGUUAUAAAUGGGCUCCAGCGGCUGCUCAUGUGGGCAACGCUGUACCCUUACAAUAUGCAGCAGUACCAGCACUAUGCAAACCUUCGAAAACUGGAGAACAAACACGCAAUCGCUCAGCGUAUCCGCGACGUGCUCGGAUUAGACCCGCUGACUCGUAAGAUGGUGCCCUGA